CGAAGGCCGGGUCCCCGCCCACGGCCCCGGCUGCAGGUGCCAGGAGCCUGAAGCGGCAGCGCCUGGACGCGCGGGCCUGGGGACCGCCAGGCGCCGGGACUAGGCUCCCGCCUCUGCCUCCGCCUCUUCUUUGUAGCGAGUCCCCGGUCGGUCCUCCCCGCCCCCCUCGCGGCCCGCCGCCCGCCUUUCUUCCUGCCUCGCCUUCCUGCGGCGCGGCGGCCUCAUCUAUUAUAGAUGCUCGGCCGUGGCUGACAUCAGCCAGCGGCCUCUCGAGCGCACGCUCCCCAGCCCGGCCCAGCCUCUCGCUGCCGCCCGCGCCCGGCCCCGCUGCCCGCUUUCUGCAUGACUGUCACAAAGAUGUCCUGGCGACCGCAGUACCGCAGUUCCAAGUUCCGGAACGUGUACGGGAAGGUGGCCAACCGGGAGCACUGCUUUGACGGGAUCCCCAUCACCAAGAACGUGCACGACAACCACUUCUGUGCGGUCAAUGCCCGCUUCCUGGCCAUAGUCACAGAGAGCGCUGGAGGUGGCUCCUUCCUGGUCAUCCCCCUGGAGCAGACAGGUAGAAUUGAGCCAAACUACCCCAAGGUAUGCGGUCAUCAAGGCAAUGUGCUGGACAUCAAAUGGAACCCCUUCAUUGACAACAUCAUCGCCUCGUGCUCCGAGGACACUUCGGUGCGGAUCUGGGAGAUCCCGGAGGGUGGGCUGAAGCGCAACAUGACCGAGGCCCUCCUGGAGCUCCAUGGACACAGCCGGCGUGUGGGACUGGUCGAGUGGCACCCCACGACCAACAACAUUCUCUUCAGUGCUGGCUAUGACUACAAGGUCCUCAUCUGGAACCUGGACAUAGGCGAACCAGUGAAAAUGAUUGACUGCCACACAGAUGUCAUCCUCUGCAUGUCCUUCAACACAGAUGGCAGCCUGCUUACCACCACGUGCAAGGACAAGAAGCUCCGUGUGAUUGAGCCCCGCUCCGGCCGUGUGCUGCAGGAGGCAAACUGCAAAAACCACCGAGUGAAUCGUGUCGUGUUCUUGGGCAACAUGAAUCGGCUCCUCACGACAGGGGUCUCCAGGUGGAACACGAGACAGAUCGCCCUGUGGGACCAGGAGGAUCUGUCCAUGCCGAUGAUCGAGGAAGAAAUCGACGGGCUCUCGGGCCUCCUGUUCCCAUUCUAUGAUGCUGACACCCACAUGCUGUACCUAGCUGGAAAGGGGGAUGGAAACAUCCGGUACUAUGAGAUCAGCACGGAGAAGCCCUACCUGAGCUACCUCAUGGAGUUCCGUUCCCCAGCCCCACAGAAAGGCCUAGGUGUCAUGCCCAAGCAUGGGUUGGACGUAUCCGCCUGUGAGGUCUUCCGCUUCUAUAAGCUGGUGACACUCAAGGGCCUGAUUGAACCCAUCUCCAUGAUUGUGCCCCGGAGGUCAGAUUCCUACCAGGAAGACAUUUACCCCAUGACACCAGGCACAGAGCCAGCACUGACGCCAGAUGAAUGGCUGGGAGGCAUCAACCGAGACCCUGUGCUGAUGUCUUUGAAGGAAGGCUAUAAGAAGUCUUCAAAAGUGGUAUUUAAAGCCCCCAUCAGAGAAAAGAAGAGCGUUGUCGUGAACGGCAUAGAUUUACUAGAAAAUGUCCCACCCAGGACAGAGAACGAGCUCCUCAGGAUGUUCUUCAGGCAGCAGGAUGAGAUCCGAAGGUUGAAGGAGGAGCUGGCACAGAAGGACAUCCGGCUCCGUCAACUCCAGCUAGAACUGAAAAACCUGCGCAACAACCCCAAGAACUGUUAGCCUCUCAGUGGGCUGUUUUCCAAGCCAAUCUCUCCGGUGUUUCUACUGGUCCCUAAACUGCCCCUUAUCUGUUGAGCCCAGAGACAGGGCCUGGACUGGAGCUAGGGACCAUCUGGUAGACCCUAACUACCACCUCAAAAACUGGAAGCUGACCUUUGACCUCCUGACUUCAUGCUAACACCUGUCCCCCCAGCCUCUCCUGGAGGAGACCCCACCCCUGACUAGCAGCCCUUUCCCCUGCAGCCCCAGGAGCAGGAUUCCCCUUGGCUCCUGCAGGUGUCCUCCAGCGGAGCCGAGCGGGAAGAGCAGGAUUAAAGCCUGACUUAGAACUUGAAUGUGUCCCUGCAGAGGGGUUGCCAGGACCUAUCUACACAGAGACCAGUCGCCCCAGUCCCAGCAUCACUUCUGAAGCACAGUGAGGGCUGGGUUGCUGUGGAGCGCUCUGCCCACCUCCCGUCUCUUUCUCUCCCAGCUGCCCUGGGAACCCAGCUCACCACACCAAAGGUGAGCUCCUGGCAGGCAGGCCCUUUGCUUUCUGAACCGUCUCCCACCUGACCCGACCCUUUGUCUUCAGGGAAUGAGGAGGAUGCUCUCCAAGGCCAUAAUGACCCCUUGCCUUCCCCGUGGUUCUCUUCAAAGCCCUUUUAAUCCCCUUUUCAUUUAAUUUGUGAGGCAGGCAGGGGAGGAUUUAGUGUCCCCACUUGUCAAAUGACAGAACUGAGGGGUUGCAUUCAGGAAGCACCCUAGGGUCACCCAGAGGGUCAGAGGCAGACCAAGGACCCUUGACAGCCAGACCCUGCGGCCAAGGCCCUUCCCACUGUACUGAGACGCCAAGCAUUUUGUGGGCUUCCCCAGACCCGGGAGCCACUUCUACUGUCCGCCCAACACCAGCAGUGCCAACCCACCACACUGCUCGGUGAAGCCUCACACGCAGUGCCUGGGACCCCCCUGGCCUGCACUCCUUGCUCUCACUCCCCACAGGGAGCUCCGUCUAAGAUGAGGCCUCUUCCUGGAAGUGGAGGCUGAGAAAGGAUAGAGCUGGGCCCGAGGGCAGGCAGAGCAAGGGUCCAUGGCUUCCAGGAUGCUCUGCCGGUGUCUCCUUCCACCUCCUCUUCCCACUUCCAACCCUGCUAUCUCAGCCACUUUCAGCCUUACACGCAGGAGGACCACAGCCUCUCCAUCCGCACAGCACUUUAAAGUUUACCCAACUUUUUGACACACAGAUCUCACCGACUCUCGCAUCCGCCCCACUUUGCAGCGCAGGGAACAGGGAAGUGGCCCUCGGGCUCACCCUCCGAGAUGCGCUGUCUCCUCUGGUCUUCUACAGGCCUGCUUCCCUCCCUCUUUCCAUUUCCCACCUACCACACAGAGCUUCAAAGCACCGAUGUCACGACAGUCACUGCCAUUUGGGCAGAGCAAAGAAGGGGAUCUCUGUUGUUGGCUGGGAUCUGCUACGCACAGGAAACUCCUUGCCUGCCCUUCCUGUGGCCACCUUGCAAAACUUCCCAACUGCAGAGGCCCUUCCAGGGAGCUGGGGUGAGCUUCCCCAGCCCGGGCCCUCUCCACUCCAUCCACUGAUGCUCCCUGAUCCCAGCUUGCUGAAGCAACUCCCACACCACCCACAGCCAGACUGUCAGCUCUCAUCUCCUCCUCCACACUUCUGGAGCUUUCUUUCUGUCCAUUGACCAUUGUGGUCUUCUGUGAUUAUUUAUGCUGCCUCCCAAGGAUAGAACUGAAAUAAAAUGUUUUCAACUCAUCAA